GCCUGCGGGGGCUUGCGAAGCCCGUGGCCGUGUCCCCAGCUCUGGUGCUGAGCGGAGCCCCUUGUGGAUGCAGGUCUCCGCUGCCUCUACCAUGGAUUGCGCACCGUUCAGUGGCGCACCCCGCUUCCUGACCCGGCCCAAGGCCUUCCUGGUGUCGGUGGGCAAGGAUGCCACGCUAAGCUGCCAGAUCGUGGGCAACCCCGUGCCCCAGGUGAGCUGGGAGAAGGACCGGCAGCCCAUCGAGGCGGGCGCGCGCUUCCGUCUGGCCGAGGAUGGCGAACUGUACCGCCUCACCAUCCUGGACCUGAUGCUCGGCGACAGCGGGCAGUACGUGUGCCGCGCGCGCAACGCCAUUGGCGAGGCCUUUGCCGCGGUCAGCCUGCAGGUGGGCGCCGACACAACCCUCGCCGAGCAGGCGCCCCACUUCCUCCUGCGGCCCACGUCCAUCCGCGUGAGCGAGGGCGCCGACGCCACGUUCCGCUGCCGGGUGCAGGGCAGCCCCCCGAUGGCCGUGAGCUGGGCCAAGGACGGCCGCCGACUGGGCGAGCCCGCCGCGCCCGACGCCCAUCGGGUGCGCGUGGAGGCCCACGGCGAGGCGAGCGCGCUGCGCAUCCGGGACGCGCGGCCCCACGACGGCGGCACAUACACGGUGCGCGCGGAGAACCCGUUGGGCACCGCCAGCGCGGCAGCCGCGCUCGUGGUGGAUGCGGGUGCGCCCGGUCCGCCGGGGGGCUCCACGGCCGCGCUUCUGGCGCACCUGCAGCAGCGGCGCGAGCAGAUGCGCGCCGAGUGCCCCGUGACCCCCCCGGGCGUCAGCACCCGCACCUGCACGGUGACCGAGGGCAAGCACGCGCGGCUCAGCUGCUACGUGACCGGAGAGCCCAAGCCCGAGACGGUGUGGAAGAAGGAUGGGCAGCUGGUGGUCGAGGGCCGGCGCCACAUGGUGUACGAGGACGCGCAGGAGAACUUCGUGCUGAAGAUUCUCUUCUGCAAGCAGGCGGACCGCGGCCUCUACACUUGCACCGCCUCCAACCUCGUGGGGCAGACCUACAGCUCCGUGCUGGUCGUGGUGCGAGAGCCCGCCGUGCCCUUCACCAAGCGGCUCCAGGACCUGGAGGUGCGGGAGAAGGAGUCGGCUACGUUCCAGUGCGAGGUGCCCCUGCCCGCCACCAAGGCCACCUGGUACAAGGAGGAGACGCGGCUGUGGGCCAGCCCCAAGUACGGCAUCGAGGAGGAGGGCACCGAGCGCCGGCUGACCGUGCGCAACGUCACGGCCGACGACGACGCCGUCUAUGUGUGCGAGACCACUGAGGGCAGCCGCACGGUGGCCGAGCUCUCCGUCCAAGGCAACCUCACGCGGAGGCUCCCCCGGAAGACGGCGGUGCGCACGGGCGACAUGGCUCUGUUCUGCGUGGAGCUGGCCAGCCCGCAGAGCCCCGUCCGCUGGCUGCGGAACCAGGAGGAGAUGGUGGCCGGCGGCCGGGUGGCCAUCAGUGCCGAGGGCACGUGCCACACGCUGACCAUCGCCCAGUGCAGCCUGGAGGACGCGGGCGAGGUGGCCUUCGUGGCCGGGGACUGCCGCACGUCCACCCAGUUCUGCGUGUCAGUUCCCAGGAAGCCUCCUGUGCUCCCCCCUGUGGACCCUGUGGUGAAGGCCAAGACGGAGAGUUCCGUGACCCUCGGCUGGUCCCCACCACCCCCCGGGGACCGCCCUGUCCCCAUCGAAGGCUACAUCGUGGAGAAGAAGCGACUGGGCACCCACGCCUGGAGCCGGUGUUACGAGGCUCAGUGGGUGUCCACGGCUGAGCUGACUGUGGCCAGUGUGGCCGAGGAGGGGGACUAUCAGUUCCGGGUGGCAGCUGUGAACAGCUUCGGCCGGAGUCCCUACCUCGAGUUUCCGGGGACUGUUCACCUGGUCCCUCAGCUGGCUGUGAGGAUACCCCUGAAGGCAGUGGAGGCCAUGGAGGGUGGAGAGGUGACCUUCUCCGUGGACCUCACCAUGGUCUCGGACGGCGAGUGGUUCCUCAACGGGCAGCCCCUGAAGGCGAGCAGCACGUACGUGAUCCGCUGCGACCGCACGCGCCACACGCUCACCAUCCGCCGGGUGCCCGCCAGCCUGCACGGGGCCGAGCUCAAGUUCGUGGCCAAUGGCAUCGAGAGCAGCGUCUUCAUGGAGGUCCGAGCGGCCCCGGCGCUGACCGUCAGCAAGCCGCCCCCAGCCCCAGCGCAGAAGGUGCUGGCGCGGCUGCACAAGGAGGCCCAGCUCCUGGCUGAGCUGUCGGACCAGGCGGCGGCUGUGACGUGGCUCAAGGACGGCCGGGUGCUGGCCCCGGGCCCCAAGUACGAGGUGCAGGCGUCAGCUGGGCAGCGGGUGCUGCUGGUGCGGGACGUGGCGCACGACGACGCGGGCCUGUAUGAGUGCCUCAGCCAUGGUGACCGCAUUGCCUACCAGCUCUCUGUGCAAGGGCUCACCCACUUUCUGCACAAGGAGGCAGCGGGUGGCUGCGUGGAGGCGGUUGCUGGGGGCAAGGCCCAGUUUGAGUGUGAGACCUCGGAGGCUCACGUGAGCGUGCGCUGGUACAAGGAUGGCACUGAGCUCAGUCGCUCCUCCCAGCGCUUCUCGCAGGAGGACGCAGGGACGCGGCACCGGCUGGUGGCAUCCUCGGUCACCAGGCAGGACGAGGGCACCUACACCUGCCGCGUGGGCGAGGACUCCGUGGACUUCCAGCUCCGGGUCUCUGAGCCUGCGGUGGUGUUUGCCAAGGAGCAGCCGGUGCGCAGCGAGGUGCAGGCCGAGGCGGGGUCCAGCGCCACGCUGAGCUGCGAGGUGGCCCAGGCCCAGACGGAGGUGACGUGGUACAAGGAUGGGAAGAAGCUGAGUGCGAACCCGAGAGUGCAUGUGGAGGCCACGGGCUGUGGUCGGCGGCUGGUGGUGCAGCAGGCGGGCAAGGCGGACGCUGGGGAGUACAGCUGUGAGGCCGCGGGCCAGAAGGUCUGCUUCCACCUGCACGUCACAGAGCCCAAGGUGGUGUUUGCCAAGGAGCAGCCGGCGCGCAGCGAGGUGCAGGCCGAGGCGGGGUCCAGCGCCACGCUGAGCUGCGAGGUGGCCCAGGCCCAGACGGAGGUGACGUGGUACAAGGACGGGAAGAAGCUGAGUGCGAGCCCGAGGGUGCGCGUGGAGGCCACGGGCCGUGGUCGGCGGCUGGUGGUGCAGCAGGCGGGCAAGGAGGACACCGGGGAGUACAGCUGUGAGGCCGCGGGCCAGAAGGUCUGCUUCCACCUGCACGUCACAGAGCCCGUGGUGGUGUUCGCCAAGGAGCAGCCGGCGCGCAGUGAGGUGCAGGCCGAGGUGGGGUCCAGCUCCACGCUGAGCUGCGAGGUGGCCCAGGCCCAGACGGAGGUGACGUGGUACAAGGACGGGAAGAAGCUGAGUGCGAGCCCGAGGGUGCACAUGGAGGCCACGGGCCGUGGUCGGCGGCUGGUGGUGCAGCAGGCGGGCAAGGCGGAUGCUGGGGAGUACAGCUGUGAGGCCGGGGGCCAGAAGGUCUGCUUCCACCUGCACGUCACAGAGCCUGUGGUGGUGUUUGCCAAGGAGCAGCCGGCGCGCAGUGAGGUGCAGGCCGAGGCGGGCUCCAGCGCCACGCUGAGCUGCGAGGUGGCCCAGGCCCAGAUGGAGGUGACGUGGUACAAGGAUGGGAAGAAGCUGAGUGCGAGCCCGAGGGUGCACAUGGAGGCCAUGGGCCGUGGUCGGCGGCUGGUGGUGCAGCAGGCGGGCAAGGCGGACGCUGGGGAGUACAGCUGUGAGGCCGGGGGUCAGAAGGUCUGCUUCCGCCUGCAUGUCACAGAGCCCACGGUGGUGUUUGCCAAGGAGCAGCCAGCGCGCAGUGAGGUGCAGGCCGAGGCGGGGUCCAGCGCCACGCUGAGCUGCAAGGUGGCUCAGGCCCAGACGGAGGUGACAUGGUACAAGGAUGGGAAGAAGCUGAGUGCGAGCCCGAGGGUGCGCGUGGAGGCCACGGGCUGUGGUCAGCGGCUGGUGGUGCAGCAGGCGGGCAAGGAGGAUGCUGGGGAGUACAGCUGUGAGGCCGUGGGCCAGAAGGUCUGCUUCCACCUGCACGUCACAGAGCCCGCGGUGGUGUUUGCCAAGGAGCAGCCGGUGCACAGCGAGGUGCAGGCCGAGGCGGGGUCCAGUGCCACGCUGAGCUGUGAGGUGGCCCAGGCCCAGAUGGAGGUGACGUGGUACAAGGAUGGGAAGAAGCUGAGUGCAAGCCCGAGGGUGCGCGUGGAGGCCACGGGCUGUGGUCGGCAGCUGGUGGUGCAGCAGGCGGGCAAGGCAGACGCUGGGGAGUACAGCUGUGAGGCCGCGGGCCAGAAGGUCUGCUUCCACCUGCACGUCACAGAGCCCACGGUGGUGUUUGCCAAGGAGCAGCCGUUGCGCAGCGAGGUGCAGGCCAAGGUGGGGUCCAGCGCCACGCUGAGCUGUGAGGUGGCCCAGGCCCAGACGGAGGUGACGUGGUACAAGGACGGGAAGAAGCUGAGGCCGAGCCCGAGGGUGCGCGUGGAGGCCACGGGCCGUGGUCGGCGGCUGGUGGUGCAGCAGGCGGUCAAGGCGGACGCUGGGGAGUACAGCUGUGAGGCUGCAGGCCAGAAGGUCUGCUUCCACCUGGACGUCACAGAGCCCACGGUGGUGUUUGCCAAGGAGCAGCCGGCGCGCAGCGAGGUGCAGGCCAAGGCGGGGUCCAGCGCCACUCUGAGCUGCGAGGUGGCCCAGGCCCAGACGGAGGUGACAUGGUACAAGGAUGGGAAGAAGCUGAGUGCAAACUCGAGGGUGCGUGUGGAGGCCACGGGCCGUGGUCGGCGGCUGGUGGUGCAGCAGGUGGGCAAGGAGGAUGCCGGAGAGUACAGCUGUGAGGCCCUGGGCCAGAAGGUCUGCUUCCACCUGCACGUCACAGAGCCCGCGGUGGUGUUUGCCAAGGAGCAGCUGGCGCGCAGCGAGGUGCAGGCCGAGGCGGGGUCCAGCUCCACGCUGAGCUGCGAGGUGGCCCAGGCCCAGACGGAGGUGACGUGGUACAAGGACGGGAAGAAGCUGAGUGCGAGCCCGAGGGUGCGCGUGGAGGCCACGGGCCGUGGUCGGCGGCUGGUGGUGCAGCAGGCGGGCAAGGCGGACGCUGGGGAGUACAGCUGUGAGGCCGCGGGCCAGAAGGUCUGCUUCCACCUGCACGUCACAGAGCCCUCGGUGGUGUUUGCCAAGGAGCAGCCGUUGUGCAGCGAGGUGCAGGCCGAGGCGGGGUCCAGCGCCACACUGAGCUGCGAGGUGGCCCAGGCCCAGACGGAGGUGACGUGGUACAAGGACGGGAAGAAGCUGAGUGCGAGCCCGAGGGUGCGCGUGGAGGCCACGGGCCGUGGUCGGCGGUUGGUGGUGCAGCAGGCGGGCAAGGCGGACGCUGGGGAGUACAGCUGUGAGGCCGGGGGUCAGAAGGUCUGCUUCCGCCUGGAUGUCACAGAGCCCGCGGUGGUGUUUGCCAAGGAGCAGCCGGUGCGCAACGAGGUGCAGGCCGAGGCGGGGUCCAGUGCCACGCUGAGCUGCGAGGUGGCCCAGGCCCAGAUGGAGGUGACGUGGUACAAGGAUGGGAAGAAGCUGAGUGCGAGCCCGAGGGUGCGCGUGGAGGCCACGGGCCGUGGUCGGUGGCUGGUGGUGCAGCAGGUGGGCAAGGCGGACGCUGGGGAGUACAGCUGUGAGGCCGCGGGCCAGAAGGUCUGCUUCCACCUGGAUGUUACGGAGCCUGAGCCAGGAGCCCACGAGAGACCUGGCCGCCGGGAGCCUCUGGUGGUCAAAGAACACGAGGACAUCGUCCUGACGGCCACGCUGGCCACCGCCUCUGCGGCCGCCGUGACGUGGCUCAAAGAUGGCGUGGAGAUUCGCCGCAGCAAGCGGCACGAGGUGGUCAGCCUGGGGAGCACGCACACGCUGACGGUCCACGGCGCCCAGACCCUGGACAGUGCCAUCUACAGCUGCCGCGUGGGUGACCACAGGCAGGACUUCCCCGUCCAGGUGGAAGAGGUGGGUGCUACCUUCUCCCAACCCCUGGAGCCCGUCAGCGGGGAGCUGGGUGGCACGGUGACGCUGUCGUGUGAGCUGAGCCCGGCCCAGGGCGAGGUGGUGUGGCGCUGUGGGAGCACCCAGCUGCGGCCCGGCAAGCGGUUCCGAAUGGCGGCCGAGGGACCCCGGCGCUCCCUCACCAUCACUGGCCUGCGGGCCGAGGACGCAGGGGAGUACGUGUGUGAGAGCCGCGACGACAGAACCAGCGCCCAGCUCACCAUCAGUGUUCCCCGUGUGGUCAAGUUCACGUCUGGGCUGAAUGGGGUCGUGGUGGAGGAGGGCCGCGAGGCCACCUUCCAGUGUGUGGUGUCCCCUGAUGAUGCGGCCGUCACCUGGUACCGGGAUGGCGCCCAGCUGCUGCCCAGCGGGAAGUUUCUCAUAUCACAGAGCGGCGCCAACCACAGCCUGACUAUCCUGGGGCUGACCCUGGAGGACACGGGCCAGAUCACCGCCAAGGCCGAGGGUGUCUCAUCCGAGGCUGCCCUCAGGGUGCGAGAGGCGCCCGUGCUCUUCAAAAGAAAGCUGGAGCCUCAGACAGUGGAGGAGCGGGGCGCGGUGACCCUGGAGGUGGAGUUGACGCGGGCGUGGCCGGCGGUAAAGUGGACGCGGAACGCGGUCGCUCUGGCGCCCGGCGGGAACGUGGAGAUUCGCGCCGAGGGCGCGCUCCACCGCUUGGUUCUGCACAACGUGGGCUUCUCCGACCGCGGCUUCUACGGCUGCGAGACGCCGGACGACAAGACGCAGGCCAAGCUCAACGUGGAGAUGCGCCAGGUGCGGCUCGUGCGGGGCCUGCAGGCCGUGGAGGCGCAGGAAGAGGGCACGGCCACCCUGGAGGUGCAGCUGUCGCACGCCGACGUGGAGGGCAGCUGGACGCGCGACGGCCUGCGGCUGCAGCCCGGGCCCACGUGCAGCCUGGGCGUGUGCGGCGCCAGCCACACCCUCACACUCUCCGGGCUGCGGCCAGAGGACAGCGGGCUCAUCGCCUUCCGCGCCGGGGGCGUGCACACCUCCGCGAGGCUCGACGUCACCGAGCUGCCUGUGAGGUUCACCCGCCCCCUGCAAGACGUGGUGGCCACGGAGAAGGAGAAGGUGACCCUGGAGUGUGAGCUGUCCCGUCCCAACGUGGACGUGCGCUGGCUGAAGGACGGUGUGGAGCUGCGGGCAGGCAAGACCAUGGGUGUGGUGGCCCAGGGCACCUGCCGGAGCCUCGUCCUUCACCGGUGCGAGCUCGGGGAUCAGGGCGUGUAUGUGUGUGAUGCGCAGGAUGCUCAGAGCUCCGCCUCCCUGAAGGUGCAAGGCCGCGACAUCCAGAUUGUGAAGCCCCUGGAGGAUGUGGAGGUGAAAGAGAAGGAAGGUGCCACCUUCACUUGUGAGGUCUCCGAUGAUGAUGUGCCGGCCCAGUGGUUCCAGGAGGGCAGUAAGCUGCGACCCAGCGACAACGUGCGCAUUCGCCAGGAAGGAAGAACCUAUACGCUGAUCUUUCGGAGUAUCUUGGCGGGAGAUGCAGGGGAGAUAAAAUUUGUAGCUGAAAAUGCAGAAUCGCGAGCCCAGCUCCGAGUGAAAGAGCCGCCGGUCACCAUUCUGCGUCCACUGCGGGACAAAAUCGCCAUGGAGCGGCGCCGCGGUGUGCUCGAGUGCCAGGUGUCAAGGGCCAGCGCCCAGGUGCGAUGGUUCAAGGGUGGUGUGGAGCUGCAGCCGGGGCCCAGGUACGAGAUGGUCAGCGACGGCCUCUACCGCAAGCUGAUCAUCAACAGCGUCCAGCCCGAGGACGAGGAUGCCUACACGUGUGACGCCGGGGAAGCCAAGACCACUGCCCAGUUCUUUGUGGAAGAGCAAUCCAUCACCAUCGUGCGGGGCCUGCAGGACGUGACGGUGAUGGAGCCCGCCCCCGCCUGGUUCGAGUGCGAGACCUCCAUCCCCUCAGUGCGGCCGCCCAAGUGGCUGCUGGGGACUGCAGUGCUGCAGGCGGGUGCAGACGUGGGCCUGGAGCAGGAGGGCACGGUGCACCGGCUGGCACUGCGGCGCACCCACUCGUCCAUGACGGGGCCCGUGCACUUCACCAUCAGCAAGGCGCGCUCCACCGCCCAGCUCAUCGUCUCGGACCUGCCCGUGGUGCUCACGCGGCCGCUGGAGCCCAAGGCUGGACGCGAGCUGCAGUCGGUGAUCCUGUCCUGUGACUUCAAGCCCCCGCCUAAGGCUGUGCAGUGGUACAAGGAGGACACGCCACUGGCACCCUCGGACAGGUUCAAGAUGAAGCUGGAGGGCCACAUGGCUGAGCUGCGCAUCCUCAGGCUCACGCCCGCCGAUGCAGGCAUCUACCGGUGCCAGGCGGGCAGCGCCGAGAGCAGUGCCGAGGUCACCGUGGACGUGCGGGAGGUGACGGUGACGCGGCCACUGCAGGACGCGGAGGCCACCGAGGAUGGCCGCGUCUGCUUCUUGUGCGAGCUGUCCCACGAGGACGAGGAGGUGGAGUGGACGCUCAACGGGACGCCCCUGUACAACGACAGCUUCCACGAGGUCUCCCACGAGGGCUGCUGCCACACGCUGGUGCUGAAGAGGGUCAGCCGGGCUGACACAGGCACCGUGCGCAUCUCCUCGCCCAAGGUGUCGGCCACCGCUCGCCUGGAAGUCAGAGCGAAGCCCGUGGUCUUCCUGAAGGCCCUGGACGACGUGUCCGCCGAGGAGCGGGGCACACUGGCCCUGCAGUGUGAGGUCUCGGACCCCGCGGCCGGCGUGGUGUGGCGCAAGGAUGGGGUGGAGCUGGCUCCCAGCGACAAGUACGACUUCCUGUGCACGGCGGGGACGCGGGGGCUCGUGGUGCGCGACCUGAGCCGCGAGGACGCCGGCCUGUACACCUGCCAGGUGGGCGCCUCCGAGACCCACGCCCAGGUCAGCGUGCACGAGCUGCACGUGGGCAUCACCAAGAGGCUCAAAACGACAGAGGUGCUGGAGGGUGAGAGCUGCAGCUUCGAGUGCAUCCUUUCCCACCAGAGUGCUGGUGAUCCGGCCGUCUGGACAGUGGCUGGGAAGACUGUGGGCAGCUCUGGCCGCUUCCGGGCCACAUGCCAGGGCCGCAAGUACACCCUGGCUGUCCGCGAGGCUGUACCGAGUGAUGCCGGGGAGGUCGUGUUCUCCGUGCAGGGCCUCACGUCCAAGGCCUCGCUGGUAGUCAAAGAGAGGCCGGUGGGCAUCACAAAGCCCCUGGAGGACCAGCGGGCUGCGCCGGGCGAGGACGUGGUCCUGAGCUGCGAGCUGUCGCGGGCAGGUGCCCCUGUGCGCUGGCUGAAGGACGGGAAGGCCAUCCGGAAGAGUCAGAAGUACGACGUGUUCAGCGAGGGCGCACGCGCAGUGCUGGUGGUGCGCGCAGCCUCGCUCGAGGAUUCGGGCAAGUAUGCAUGCGAGUCGGAAUCCUCCAGGAGCACGGCCUGCAUCCGCGUGGAAGAAAAGGCAAACCGGUUCACUGAGGAGCUGGCCGACGUGCAGGUGGAGGAGAAGGGCACCGCCGUGUUCGCGUGCCGGACGGAGCGUCCGGCGGCCACGGUCACUUGGCGCAAGGGCUCCACGGAGCUGCGUGCAUCGGGAAGGCACAAGCUCAGCCAGGAGGGCCUGGCCCUGAAGCUCAGCAUCAGCGCGGUGGAGAAGGCGGACGGCGGCACCUACACCUGUGACAUCGGCCAGGCCCAGUCGCAGGCCCAUCUCCUGGUACAAGGUCAGAGAGUGCUCAUUAUUGAGGACCUGGAGGACGUGACUGUGCCAGAGGGCUCUUCAGCCACCUUUUGUUGCCGUGUCUCCCCUCCUGAAUAUGGGCCUGUCUAUUGGUUCUUGGAUAAGGCCCCCCUGAGUGCCAAUGAGCUCAAUGAGAUCAAGGUCCAUCCUGGGGGCUACCACGUGCUGACCCUGCGGCAGCUUGAGCCUAAGGACUCGGGCACCAUUCACUUUGAGGCAGGAGACCAGCGGGCUUCGGCAGCACUGCAGGUCACAGAGACGCCGACUGUCUUCUCCCGGGAGCUUGUGGAUGUCACAGUCGUCGAGGGGGAGGACCUGACCCUCGUGUGUGAGACCACCACACCAGCCAGCCCUGUGCACUGGACGAAGGAUGGGAAAGCCCUCCGGCCAUCAGCCCGGUGCCGGCUGAGUUAUGAGGGCCGUGAGGCCCAGCUGGUCAUCACCAGUGCCACUGUGCAGGACGGCGGGCGCUACAAGUGUGAGGCUGGGGGCACCUGCAGCAGCUCCAUCGUCAGGGUCCAUGCCCGGCCGGUGCAUUUCCGGGAGGGCCUGAAGGACGUGGAGGUGCUCGAGGGGGGCGCCACGACGCUGCGCUGCGUGCUGUCCUCCGUGGCUGCACCCGUGGAGUGGCGCUGUGGAGACACGGUCCUGAGGACGAGCAGCAAGUACGGCGUGCGGCAGGACGGGGCCGUGCUGGAGCUGGUGGUGCGGGACCUGCAGCCGAGCGACAGUGGGCAGUACUCGUGCUCCUUUGGGGACCAGAAGACAGUGGCCAAGCUCACCGUGACGGCUUCAGGGGCAAAGUUUAUAGGGAAACUGAGAAGCAAAGAGGCCACGGAAGGGGACACGGCCACGCUGCGAUGUGAGCUGAGCAGGGAGGCCCCCGUGGAGUGGAGGAAGGGCUCCGAGACCCUCAAAUCAGGGGGCAGAUACAGCCUGAAGCAGGACGGGGCUGUGUGUGAGCUGGAGAUCCGUGGCCUGGCCAUGGUGGACGCUGGGGAGUACUUGUGCGUGUGCGGGCAGGAGAGGACCUCGGCCACACUGAGCGUGAGGGCUCUUGAUGCCCAGUUCAUAGGAAGACUGAGAAACAAAGAGGCCAUGGAAGGGGCCACGGCCACGCUGCGGUGUGAGCUGAACAAGGCAGCCCCCGUGCAGUGGAGGAAGGGCUCUGAGAUCCUCAAAUCUGGAGACAGAUACAGCCUGAAGCAGGACGGGGCUGUGUGUGAGCUGGAGAUCCGUGGCCUGGCCAUGGUGGACGCUGGGGAGUACUUGUGCGUGUGUGGGCAGGAGAGGACCUCGGCCACGCUGAGUGUGAGGGCUUUGCCUGCCCGGUUCAUCCAAGUUCUGAAGACCAAGGAGGCCAUGGAGGGGGCCAUGGCCACGCUACAUUGUGAGCUGAGCAAGGCAGCCGCUGUGGAGUGGAGGAAGGGCCCUGAGACCCUCAGAGCUGGGGGCAGAUACAGCCUGAGGCAGGACGGGGCUGUGUGUGAGCUGGAGAUCCGUGGCCUGGCUAUGGCGGAUGCUGGGGAGUAUUCGUGUGUGUGCGGGCAGGAGAGGACCUCGGCCACGCUGACUGUGAAGGCAUUACCUGCCAAGUUCACAGAGUGCCUGAGGAAUGAGGAAGCCACAGAAGGGGCCACGGCCAUGCUACAUUGUAAGCUGAGCAAGGCAGCCUCCGUGGAGUGGAGGAAGGGCUCUGAGAUCCUCAAAUCUGGCGGCAGAUACAGCCUGAGGCAGGACGGGGCCAUGUGUGAGCUGGAGAUCCGUGGCCUGGCCAUGGCCGAUGCUGGGGAGUAUUUGUGUGUGUGUGGGCAGGAGAGGACCUCAGCCACGCUGACUGUGACGGCCCUGCCCACCAAGUUCAUGGAGUGCCUGAGGAAUGAGGAGGCCAUGGAAGGUGCAACAGCCACGCUGCGGUGUAAGCUGAGCAAGGCGGCCCCCGUGGAGUGGAGGAAGGGCUCAGAGAUCCUCAGAGCUGGGGGCAGAUACAGCCUGAGGCAGGAUGGGGCUGUCUGUGAGCUGGAGAUCCAUGGCCUGGCCAUGGAAGAUUCUGGAGAGUACUCGUGCAUGUGCGGGCAGGAGAGGACCUCCGCCAGGCUCAGUGUGAGGGCCCUGCCUGCCAAGUUCACUGAGGGUCUGAUGAAUGAAGAGGCCACCGAAGGGGCCACGGCCACGCUGCGCUGUGAGUUGAGCAAGGCGGCCCCAGUGGAGUGGAGGAAGGGCUCUGAGAUCCUCAGAGCUGGGGAUAGAUACAGCCUGAGGCAGGAAGGGGCCAUGUGUGAGCUGAAGAUCCAUGACCUGGCUGUGGAAGAUUCUGGAGAGUACUCGUGCGUGUGCGGGCAGGAGAGGACCUCCGCCAGGCUCAGUGUGAGGGCCCUGCCCGCCAAGUUCACAGAGGGUCUGAUGAAUGAAGAGGCCACCGAAGGGGCCACGGCCACGCUGCGCUGUGAGUUGAGCAAGGUGGCCCCUGUGGAGUGGAGGAAGGGCUCUGAGACCCUCCAAGCUGGGGGCAGAUACAGCCUGAGGCAAGACGGGGCUGUCUGUGAGCUGGAGAUCCAUGGCCUGGCUAUGGUGGAUGCCGGGGAGUAUUCGUGCGUGUGUGGGCAGGAGAUGACCUCGGCCAUGCUGAGCGUGAGGGCUUUGCCUGCCAAGUUCACAGAGUAUCUGAAGAAUGAAGAGGCCAUGAAAGGGGCCACGGCCGUACUGCGGUGUGAGCUGAGCAAGGCAGCCCCCGUGGAGUGGAGGAAGGGCUCUGAGACCCUCCAAGCUGGGGGCAGAUACAGCCUGAGGCAGGACGGGGCUGUGUGUGAGCUGGAGAUCCGUGGCCUGGCCAUGGUGGAUGCUGGGGAGUAUUCGUGUGUAUGUGGGCAGGAGCGGACCUCGGCCACUCUGACUGUGACAGCCCCACAGGUGGCGUUCUGGAGGGCGCUAGACAACCUGCAGGUGGAGGAGGGCUCCACGGCCCAUCUGCAGUGUGAGCUGUCUGAGCCGGACGCCACUGUGUCCUGGAGCAAGGGUGGCCUGGAGCUGCAGGCUGACGGGAGGCUGGAGAUGCGGCGGAGGGGCCCCGUGGCUGAGCUGCUGCUGCGGGACGUGCACCGGGACGAUGCCGGGGACUACAGCUGCACCUGCGGCCCUCAGACCACCAGGGCCACCCUCACCGUCACAGCCAUGCCUGUGGGGUUCCUGCAGGAGCUGCAGGCCCAGGAGGUGGACGAGGGCACGACGGCCCGGCUGAGCUGCGAGCUGAGCCAGGCGGGUGCCAGCGUGGAGUGGCGCAAGGGUGCCCUGCAGCUGUUCCCCUGCUCCAAGUACCAGAUGGUGCAGGAGGGCAGGGUUGCGGAGCUACUCGUGUGUGGCGCCGAGCAGGACGACGCGGGCGAGUACACCUGUGACGUGGGGCUCUGGCAGAGCACGGCCAGCCUCGUGGUCCGCGCUCCCAGACCCAAGUUCAAGACCUGUCUGCAGAGCACGGAGCAGGAGGUGGGCGGCGUGGCCCGGCUGAGCUGCGAGCUGAGCGAGGCCGAGCUGAGUGGCCCCGUGCAGUGGCUCAAGGAGGGCGUGGCGCUCCCUGAGGACCCCAAGUUCGAGAUGCGGCGCCAGGGGACCACGUGUGAGCUGCUGAUCCAUGGGCUCGAGGCCGAGGACACGGGCGAGUACACCUGUGUGGUGGGCGGCCAGAAAACCGUGGCCUCUGUCAGGGUCAGAGAGCCCGAGGUGACCAUCGUGCGGGGACUGUCUGAUGCCGAGGUGCAGGCUGACGAGGACGUGGAGUUCAGCUGCGAGGUGUCGCGGGCCGGGGCCGCGGAUGUGCAGUGGCGGCUCCAGGGCCUGCCCCUGCAGAGCAACGAGGUGACCGAGGUGGCCGUGCGGGACGGCCGCACCCACACGCUGCGGCUGAAGGGUGUCACGUCCGAGGACGCGGGCACCGUCUCCUUCCACGUGGGCCCCUGCACGUCCUCUGCCCAGCUCACCGUCCGAGUGCCUGAGGUGGCCGUGGUGGAGCCCCUGCAGGAUGUGCAGCUCAGCGAGGGCCAGGACGCCCACUUCUGGUGCCGGCUGUCACGGGCCCCCAGCCAGGAGGCACGCUGGACGCUGGGAGGGGUGCCCCUGCAGGCCAAUGAGAUGAACGACAUCACAGUGGAGGAUGGCACGCUGCAUCUUCUCACUCUGCACAAGGUGACUCUCGAAGAUGCUGGAACUGUCAGUUUCCAGGUGGGCUCGUGUAGCUCGCAGGCCUUGCUGAAGGUCACAGCCAAGAACACGGUGGUGCGGGGCCUGGAGAACGUGGAGGCGCUAGAGGGUGGCGAGGCGCUCUUUGAGUGCCACCUGUCCCAGCCCGAGGUGGCUGCCCACAGCUGGCUGCUGGAUGACGAGCUGGUGCACACCUCAGAGAAUGCGGAGAUGGUCUACUUUGAGGACGGCCGGCGGCACCUGCUGCUGCUCAAGAACCUGCGGCCUCAGGACAGCUGCCGGGUGACCUUCCUGGCUGGGGACAUGGUGACCUCGGCGUUCCUCACCGUCCGAGGCUGGCGCCUGGAGUUCCUGGAGACCCUGCGGGACGUGGAGGUGCAAGCUGGCGAGCAGGCCGACUUCUGCUGCACGCUCAGCGAGGUGGUGCCCGUGGGCGAGGCUACCUGGUACAUCAACGGGGCGGCCAUCCAGCUGGAUGAUGCCGAGUGGACGGUCAGCACCGACGGCAGCUGCCAUGCCCUGCAGCUGCAUAGCGCCCAGCCCCACCACGCCGGGGAGGUCACCUUCGCCGCCCGCGAUGCUGUGGACUCUGCGCGGCUCACCGUGCUGGGCCUCCCCGAUCCCCCCGAGGAUGCUGAGGUGGUGGGCCGCAGCAGCCACUCCGUGACCCUGUCUUGGGUGGCCCCAGCGAGUGACGGCGGUGGGGGCCUCUGCGGCUACCGCGUGGAGAUGAAGGCGGCCGCCACAGGCACCUGGGAGCUUUGCCAUGCGCUAGUACCCGGGCCGGAGUGCGUGGUGGACGGCCUGGUCCCCGGGGAGAUCUACCGCUUCCGCGUCGCCGCUGUGGGCCCCGCGGGCGCCGGGGAGCCCGUGCACCUGCCCCAGACCGUGAAGCUCGAGCCCGUGGAGCCCGUGGAACCCGUGGAACCCGUGGAGCUCGUGGAGCCCAUAGAACCCGUGGAACCCCUGUCUGCACCCGCUGUGAGCCGGGAGGUGGUCACCGGUGAGGACGUGCAUCUGGAGUGCGAAGUGGCAGCCGAGACUGGCCAGGUCAUCUGGCAGAGGGGCACGGAGCACAUCCAGCCUGGCGGGCGCUUCGAGAUCCUCACGUGCGGGCAGCGGCAGACCCUUGUGAUCCGGGGCUUCUCGCCAGAGGACCAGGGCGAGUACCGGUGCAGCCCAGCUCAGGGCCAGCCUCCUGCUGCAGCUACCACCUUCCAGGUGGCGCUGACCCCGGGCUCAGAAGGCGAAGCCCAAGCGCAGCCCAGUCUGCCCCCCGAGGCGGCCCAGGAGGGCGACCUGCACCUGCUGUGGGAGGCCCUGGCCCGGAAGCGCCGCAUGAGCCGGGAGCCCACGCUGGACUCCAUCAGCGAGCUGCCCGAGGAGGAUGGGCGCCCACAGCGCCCGCGGCAGGAGGCCGAGGAGGCGGCCCCCGACCUGUCGGAGGAGUACUCCACGGCCGAUGAGCUGGCACGCACCGGCGAGGCUGACCUCUCGCACACCAGCUCUGACGACGAGUCUCGGGCGGGCACCCCUUCCCUGGUGAGCUACCUCAAGAAGGCCGGGAGGCCUGGCGCCCUGGCUCUGGCCAGCAAGGUUGGGGCCCCAGCAGCCCCCACUGGGGAGCAGCCAGAGCAGCUGGCUGCUGCACAGCCUCCCCGGCGAGAUUCGAGUGCCGAGGACCUGGGCGACCCAUCCAUGGACAAGGCGGCCGUGAAGAUCCAGGCUGCUUUUAAAGGUUACAAGGUCCGCAAGGAGAUGAAGCAGCAGGAGGGGCCCACUUUCUGCCGCACGUUCGGGGACGUGGAGGCCCAGGUGGGCGACACCCUGCGCUUGGAGUGCGUGGUGGCCAGCAAAGCGGACGUGCGCGCGCGCUGGCUGAAAGACGGGAUGGAGCUGGCCGAUGGGCGGCACCACCACAUCGACCAGCUCGGAGACGGCACCUGCUCGCUGCUGGUCGCCGGCCUGGGCCACGCCGACGCCGGCCGCUACACCUGCCAGGUGAGCAACAAGUUCGGCCAGGUUGCCCACAGCGCCUGCGUGGCGGUCAGCGGGACCGAGAGCGAGGCGGAGAGCUCGGGGUCGGGGACCGAGCUGGACGACGCGUUCCGCCGGGCCGCCCGGCGGCUGCACCGGCUCUUCCGCACCAAGGGCCCGGCCGAGGUCUCGGACGAGGAGGUCUUCUUUAGCGCGGAGGAGGGCAGCGUGGAGCUGGAGGAGCCCGGGGACUGGCAGACGUACCGCGAAGACGAGCGCUUCGUGUGCAUCCGCUUUGAGACCCUCGCGGAGGCCUCCCGGGCCGCCACCCGCUUCCGCGAGAUGUUCGCCACGCUGGGGAUGGGGGUGGAGAUCAACCUCGUGGAGCAGCGCCCCCGAGGCGUGGAGAUGCGCCUCGGCCAGGUGGCCCCAGACCCCGUGGUGCCUGUCCAGCCGGCGACCCCUGGCCCGCUGGCCUCUGACACUGCCCCUGUGUUCCUGACUGAGCUGCAGAACCAAGAAGUGCAGGACGGCUACCCCGUGAGCUUUGACUGCGUGGUGACGGGCCAGCCGACACCCAGCGUACGCUGGUUCAAGGAUGGCAAGGUGCUGGAGGAAGAUGAUCACUACAUGAUUAAUGAGGACCAGCAGGGCAGCCACCAGCUCAUCAUCACAGCCGUGGUGCCAGCGGACAUGGGCGUCUACCGCUGCCUGGCCGAGAACAGCGUGGGUGUCUCCUCCACCAAAGCCGAGCUCCGUGUGGACUUGACAAGCACAGACUAUGAGACUGCAGCUGAUGCCACGGAGACCUCAUCCUACUUCAGCGCCCAAGGCUACCUGUCCAGCCGGGAACAGGAGGGCACGGAGUCUACUGCAGAGGAAGGGCAGCUGCCCCAGGUGGUGGAGGAGCUGAAAGACCUCCAGGUGGCCCCAGGCACGCACCUGGCCAAGUUCCACCUGAAGGUGAAAGGCUACCCAGCGCCCCAGCUGUACUGGUUCAAAGACGGGCAGCCCCUGGCCCCAUCCGCCCACAUCCGCAUGACUGACAAAAAGACGCUGCACAGCCUGGAGAUCGUCUCUGUCACCGGGGAGGAUGCCGGCCAGUACUCAGCCUAUGUCACCAACACCGUGGGUGCGGCAUACUCCUCUGCCCGGCUGCUGGUCCGAGGCCCUGAUGAACCAGAAGAGAAGCCAGAGGCAGCUGUGCACGAGCGCCUGGCACCACCCCGAAUGCUGGAGAGGUUCACCCCCAAGAAGGUGAAGAAGGGCUCCAGCAUCACCUUCUCGGUGAAAGUUGAAGGACACCCGUCCCCGGCCGUGCACUGGCUGCGGGAGGAGGCUGAGCAGGGCGUGCUGUGGAUCAGGCCCGACACGCCGGGCUACACGGUGGCCAGCUCUGGUCAGCAGCACAGCCUGGUCCUGCUGGACGUGGGCCGGCAGCACCAGGGCACUUACACGUGCAUUGCCACCAACGCCGCCGGCCAGGCCCUCUGCUCUGCUGGUCUGCACGUCUCAGGCUUGUCCAAGGAGGCGGAGGCAGCAGAGGAGCAGGGAAGGGUGAAGGAGGCCCUCAUUUCCUCCUUUCUGCAGGGGGCUCCAGCUGUCACUGUGCAGAUGCCGGAAUCUGUGGGUUUUGAGGACCUUGCUGGGCAGAUGAAAGGAGAGCUCCCCGUGGCUGCGGAGGCCCGCGGCCACAUCUCCCUCGCCGAGGUGGGCACGGAGGAGUUCCUGCAGAAGCUCACCUCCCAGAUCACAGAGAUGGUGUCCGCCAAGAUCACGCAGGCCAAGCUGCAGGUCCCCGGCGGUGACAGUGACGAGGAGUCCAAGACACCGUCGGCGUCCCCUCGGCACGGCCGUUCGCGGCCUUCCUCCAGCGUCCAGGAAUCUUCCUCGGAGUCGGAGGACGGGGACUCGCGUGGGGAGAUCUUUGACAUCUACGUGGUCACGGCUGACUACCUCCCACUGGGGGCUGAACAGGAUGCCAUCACGCUGCGGGAGGGCCAGUAUGUGGAGGUCCUGGACUCGGCCCACCCUCUGCGCUGGCUCGUGCGCACCAAGCCCACCAAAUCCAGCCCCUCGCGGCAAGGCUGGGUGUCGCCUGCCUACCUGGACAAGAGGCUCAAGCUGUCACCUGAGUGGGGCCCCACUGAGGCCCCCGAGUUUCCUGGGGAGGCCGUGUCUGAAGAUGAGUACAAGAUGAAGCUGAGCUCUGUCAUCCAGGAACUGCUGGGCUCGGAGCAGGCCUUUGUCAGCACACUGCAGUUCCUGGAGACCCACCAUAUACAGCACCUGGAUCACUGCCCCCACGUGCCUUCGGCUGUGGCCAGCCAGAAAACUGUCAUCUUCCGCAAUGUGCAUGACAUCAGCCGCUUCCAUAGCAGCUUCCUACAGGAGCUGCAGAGGUGUGACACUGACGACGAUGUGGCCAUGUGCUUCAUCAAGAACGAGGCGGCCUUUGAAAAGUACCUGGAGUUCCUGGUGGGCCGUGUGCAGGCUGAGUCGGUGGUGGUCAGCACGGCCGUGCAGGAGUUCUACAAGAAAUACGCAGAGGAGACCCUGUCUGCAGCGGACCCCGAGCAGCCCCCGCCGCCGCCCCUGCAGCACUACCUGGAGCAGCCCGUCGAACGGAUCCAGCAGUACCAGGCCUUCCUCAAGGAGCUGAUCCGCAACAAGGCCCGGAGCCGGCAGAACUGCGCCCUGCUGGAGCAGGCGUACGCGGUGGUCUCCGCCCUGCCCCAGCGCGCCGAGAACAAGCUGCACGUGUCGCUCAUGGAGAACUACCCUGGCACCCUGGAGGCCCUGGGCGAGCCCAUCCGGCAGGGCCAUUUCAUCGUCUGGGAAGGGGCGCCGGGGGCCCGGAUGCCCUGGAAAGGCCACAGCCGCCACGUCUUCCUCUUCCGCAACCACCUGGUGAUCUGCAAGCCCAAACGGGACUCGCGGAUGGACACCUUCAGCUACAUCUUCAGGAACAUGAUGAAGCUGAGCAGCAUCGACCUGAACGACCAGGUGGAGGGGGACGAACGCGCCUUCGAGGUGUGGCACGAGCGGGAGGACUCGGUGCGGAAGUACCUGCUGCAGGCGCGGACGGUCAUCAUCAAGAACUCCUGGGUUAAGGAAAUUUGCGGCAUCCAGCAGCGCCUGGCCCUGCCCAUCUGGCGAGCCCCAGAUUUUGAAGAGGAGCUGGCAGACUGCACAGCUGAGCUGGGGGAGACAGUCAAGCUGGCCUGCCGAGUGACGGGCACACCCAAGCCCAUCGUCAGCUGGUAUAAAGAUGGGAAGCCUGUGGAGGUGGACCCCCACCACAUCCUCAUCGAGGACUCCGACGGCUCGUGUGCCCUCAUCCUGGACAACCUCACUGGUGUGGACACUGGCCAGUACAUGUGCUUUGCAGCGAGUGCUGCCGGCAAUGCCAGCACCUUAGGAAAGAUCCUGGUGCAAGUGCCCCCACGGUUUGUGAACAAAGUCCGCGCUACGGCCUUCGUGGAGGGAGAAGAUGCUCAGCUCACCUGCACCAUCGAAGGUGCCCCGUACCCUCAGAUCAGGUGGUACAAGAACGGGGCCCUGCUGACCGCGGGCAGCAAGUACCAGAUGCUCAGCGAGCGCCGCAGUGGCGUGCUGGUGCUGGUAGUCCGGGCGGCCAGCAAGGAGGACCUGGGCCACUAUGAGUGUGAGCUGGUGAACCGGCUGGGCUCGACGCGUGGCGGCACUGAGCUGUGUGUGCAGAGCCCUGCACUGCGGGGCUGGGAGCAGCAGCGCCGGGAGCAGCUGGUCGCCGUGGAAGAUGCUGCCACCCCAGCUGCCCUGGAGGACCCCAUCCAUGCUUCCCUGGAGCAAGCCGACCAGAAGAUCGAGUUGGGUCUGCAGCAGCUGGUGGGCCCUGGGGCUCCAGACACCUCUGCAGAGGCCCUCAGGCCUGGCAGCCCCCCACCCACAGACCCUCCACCCGGGAAGCUACCCAGGAGGGCACCUAAGGUCCAGGAAGUCAGCCCCCAGCCCCCCGGUGCAGGACCCAAGGAUGCCUCUGCUGAGGUCUGCAGCAGGUCCUGGGGAGAGCCCCAGGCCAGCCCCCAUGUGAGCCUGGAGCAGGAGAUGGCAGGAGACGCCGGGGUCCCGGAACGGAUCGUUCCCAUCCGGAUGGAGGCUACAGCCUGGCCCGGGGCGGGGGCAGCAGAGCUGCUCUGGGACACCCACCGCCGUGUGAUCGUGGAGACCACGCAAAGGACCUACGUGUAUCAGACCAGCGAUGCAGGAGUCCCAAAGCCCCCAUCCAUGCAGGUCACCAUCGAGGACUUGGAGGUGCAGACGGGCAGCACAGCUCGGUUCCAGGCCAUCAUUGAGGGCACCCCCCAGCCCACGGUGACAUGGUACAAGGACAGCACCCAGCUGGUGGACAGCACCCGGCUCAGCCAGCAGCGGGACGGGACCCUGUACACCCUGGUCCUGUGGGACGUGGCCCCGCAGGACGCGGGUGUCUACACCUGCCUGGCCCGUAACGCCAGCGGCGAGCUGCUGUGCAAGGCGGAGCUGCUGGUCUGUGGGGAAGAAAGCACGCUGGCCUCAGAGCCGCAGAGCUACCGGAGGAAACUGCACUCCUUCUACGAGGUCAUGGAGGAGAUCGGCAGGGGUGUCUUUGGCUUUGUGAAAAGGGUGCAGCACAAGGGAAAUAAGAUCUCCUGCGCUGCCAAGUUCAUCCCCCUGCGGAGCAAGACGCUGGCCCUGGCAUACCGUGAGCGAGAUAUCCUCGCCAUGCUGGACCACCCACUUGUCACGAGGCUGCUGGACCAGUUUGAGACCCGGAAGACUCUGAUCCUCGUCCUGGAGCUGUGCUCAUCAGAGGAGCUGCUGGACCGCCUGUUCAAGAGGAACGUGGUGACGGAGGCAGAGGUGAAGAUCUACAUCCAGCAACUGGUGGAGGGGCUUCAGUACCUGCACACCUGUGGCAUUCUCCACCUGGACAUAAAGCCGGCUAACAUCCUGAUGGUGCAUCCUGCUCAGGAAGACAUCAAGAUCUGUGAUUUUGGCUUUGCGCAAAAACUCACCCCAUCAGAGCCGCAGUACAGCAUGUACGGCUCCCCUGAGUUUGUGUCCCCAGAGAUCAUCGAGCAGACCCCUGUGAGCAUGGGCUCCGACAUCUGGGCCGUGGGAGUCAUCUCCUACCUCAGCCUGACCUGCACAUCACCGUUUGCGGGCGAGAGUGACCGGGCGACCCUCCUGAACAUUCAGGAAGGGCGGGUGUCCUGGAGCAGCCCUGCAGCCGCUCACCUCAGUGAGGACGCCAAGGACUUCAUCAAGGCCACCCUGCAGAGAGCACCCACGGCCCGGCCCAGCGCCUCCCAGUGCCUCGGCCACCCCUGGUUCCUGAAGUCCGUGCCCGCGGAGGAGGCCCACUUCAUCAACACUAAGCAGCUCAAGUUCCUGCUGGCCCGCAGUCGGUGGCAGCGCUCGCUGAUGUGCUACAAAUCCAUCUUGGUCAUGCGCUCCAUCCCCGAGCUGCUGCGCGGCCCCCCGGACAGCCCGUCCCUCGGGGUCUCCCGGCACCUGCUCGGGGAGGCCGGCGGCUCCUCCAGCAGCUCCUCCUCGGACAACGAGAUCGCCCCCUAUGCCCGGGCCAAGUCGCUGCCGCCCUCGCCCGUGGCCCACUCUCCGCUGCUGCACCCCAGGGGCUUCCUGCGGCCCUCAGCCAGCCUGCCCGAGGAGGCUGAGGUCUGCACGGCACCACCGCUGCUGCAGGCACAGCCUCCAUCCCAGGAGGGCCCGGGGGUGGCUGCGGGGACCCCCGGCUGCGUGCCCCGGCAGAGCAUCGUCUGCAGCCUGUUCCACCAGCAGGCCGGGGAGGUGGCAGUGGAGCCCGUCUUGGCCCGGGGCGGCAGGAAGCCCCUGGCGCGGGCCCGGCGGCACCUGCUGAAGGGCGGGUACAUCGCUGGGGCCCUGCCGGGGCUGCGGGAGCCCCUGCUGGAGCACCGGGCCCUGGAGGAGGAGGAGGCUGCCAGGGAGGAGUGGGUGGCCCCGAUGACCAAGACACCCUCCUUCGAAACGGCCCUGCGGCUGCCCAGCGCCGGUGCUCGCGCGGCCCCUGGCCGCAGCCGCUCCCUGGAGCAGGAACGGCCACGCACCACCAGCCCCUUCCCAGAGGAGGAGCCCGGGGAGUCCCUGGAGGCCUGCCUGGAGGGGCGGUGUGCACCCCCAGCCCCCUCAGGCCUCGGGGGUCUGCAGGCAAGGGCCCCUGUGCCAAGUGCUGCUCCCCAGGCUCAAGGGGCCCCAGGCGUGGCUGCACAGCAGGGUGAGCCUGAAGGGGCCACUUUUGGGGGCUCUGCUGGUGAGAUGGAGCAUCCCCAAGGCUCCCUGCAGGGGCCAGGACCGUUUCUGUCCAGCGGCAGCUCCCUCGGCUCAGCUCAGCAAGAGGAAGCAGGUUCCACGGCCUCCCAGGACAGCUUCUGGAAGCAGCCCACCCCUUUCUCUCGCCUUGACUGGGGUUCUGCCCCCCAGGAGGGCUGCGGACUCCCAGCAGCAGCUGCACCACAGUCCCCGGGCUCCUUCUCUCCAGGAUUGUGCACAGAGGAGCUCCUGGCACCAGUGGACCCCCUCCUCUCAGGAGAGCCCCAGGCCUCCCCCUCCCCAGCCCAAGCAAGCCACUUGCCAGACUCUAAGUUGGGGGCAGAGUGCACCUCUCUCCCCGAAAAGCCAAAGCCUGACCCCUCUAGUUCCCUGAGGCCGGCCUUCCUGGGGGAUCUCUCCCCACAGGAAGCCGUGCUGCCCUCACGGGUGGGCCCGGAGCCUGCUGUCCCCCUGGACGCUGAGGCUGUGUCCCAGGAGGUGGAGGACCUGUCGGAGCCCGUGUCUCCCCCACCCCACCCUCAGGAGCAAGCCACCACGAGGAAGUUCUCCCUGGGGCACCGUGGGGGUUACGCGGGGGUGGCAGGCUACGGCACCUUCGCCUUUGGGGGGGACGCGGGGGGCAUGCUGGGGCAGGGCCCUCUGUGGGCCAGGCUGGCCUGGGCACAGUCACAGUCCAUGGAGGAGCCCGAGGAAGCUGCGGCCGAGAGCCCGCUGCCCCUGGCCGGCGCGACACCCGAGCCCGAGGAGAGCGGGGCUUCCCGCAGGGACUCCCCGGAAUUUACCUCCUGGGAAGACUUCAGCCAGGGCUCCCAGGUCUCCCUGGUGCAGAUCAAGGACCUGUCGGGGGACGUGGAGGCGGCCGACAGGCUGUCGCUGGACAUCUCCGAGGUGGAGCCGGCCUACCUCAACUUGUCUGACCUGUACGAUAUCAAAUACCUCCCGUUUGAGUUCAUGAUCUUCAGGAAGGUGCCCAAGCCCCCACAGCCCGAGCUGCCCUCCCCUACGGCCGAGCUCCAGGAGGAGUGGCCCUGGCCGGCGGAGCCGGGCGCCCCUGCUGGCCCAGCGCCCCGCCCGCGAGCCAGCCUGGAGAUCACCGAGGAGCCCGAGUUCCUGGAGGCCGUGCUCGGGGAGGUCACCCGGGGCAGGAAAAGGAAGUCGUCCCCCGGCGCCCGCGGCCUCUUCCACUUCUCCGGGAGGUGCCUGUCGCCGGACGAGCCCACGGAGCACAGCCUGCGGAAGCGGGUCAAGGCAUCCGUGGCGCACAUCUCCAGGAUCCUGAGGGGCCGGCCGGAAGGUCCAGAGGAAGGGCUCCCCAGGAGGAAGCCUGGCCUGGCGUCCUUCCGCCUGUCAGGUCUGAAGAGCAGGGACCGAGCCCCGUCAUUCCUAAAGGAGCUCUCGGAUGAGACAGUGGUCCUGGGCCAGUCUGUGACUCUUGCCUGCCAGGUGUUGGCUCAGCCAGCUGCACAGGCCACCUGGAGUAAAGACGGGCAGCUUCUGGAAAGCAGCAGCCGUGUCCUCAUUUCCUCCACCCUCAAGAACUUCCAGCUGCUGACAAUCCUGGUGGUGACUGCUGAGGACCUGGGCAUGUAUACCUGCAGCGUAAGCAAUGCGCUGGGUACAGCAGCCACCACGGGUGUCCUCCGGAAGGCAGAGCGCCCCUUGUCCUCCCCACGCCCGGACAUCGGGGAGGUGUAUGCAGACGGGGUGCUGUUGGUCUGGAAGCCCGUGGAGUCCUACGGCCCCGUGACCUACAUCGUGCAGUGCUGCCUGAAAGGCGGGAGCUGGACCACGCUGGCCUCUGACAUCUUUGACUGCUGCUACGUCACCAGCGAGCUUUCCCGGGGCGGCGUGUAUACCUUCCGGACCGCCUGUGUCAGCAAGGCAGGCAUGGGGCCCUACAGCAGCCCCUCAGAGCAGGUCCUCCUCGGAGGGCCCAGCCACAUGGCCUCUGAGGAGGAGAGCGGCCAAGCACUGCCCACCCAGUCACUCUCAAGCACACAGACCUUCGCCUUCCAGACCCAGAUCUGGAGGGGCCGCUUCAGUGUGGUGCGUCAGUGCCGGGAGAGGGCAAGCGGGCGGGCGCUAGCGGCCAAAAUCAUCCCCUACCGCCCGGAGGAGAGGAUGGCAGUGCUGGGCGAGUACGAGGCCCUCAAGUGCCUGCGCCACCCACAUCUGGUCCAGCUGCAUGGUGCCUACCUCAGCCCCCGCCACCUGGUGCUUGUCCUGGAGCUUUGCUCAGGCCCCGAGUUGCUGCCCUGCCUGGCCGAGAGGGCCUCCUACUCGGAAACGGAGGUGAAGGACUACCUGUGGCAGAUGCUGAGCGUGGCUCAGUACCUGCACGGCCAGCGCAUCCUGCACCUGGACCUCAGGUCGGAGAACAUGAUCGUCACCGAGUACAACCUGCUCAAGGUGGUUGACUUCGGCAAUGCCCAGAGCCUCACCCAGGACAAGGUCCUGCCCUCGGAGACGUUCAAGGACUACAUCGAGACCAUGGCUCCCGAGCUCCUGGAGGGGCAGGGUGCUGUCCCGCAGACCGAUGUCUGGGCCGUCGGGGUGACGGCCUUCAUCAUGCUGAGCGCCGAGUACCCUGUGAGCAGCGAGGGCAUGCGCGACGUGCAGAAAGGCCUGCGCAAGGGGCACAUCCGGCUGAGCCGCUGCUACGCGGGGCUGUCGGGCGGCGCCGUGGCCUUCCUGCGGAGCACGCUGUGCGCCCACCCCUGGGGCCGGCCCUGCGCCUCCAGCUGCCUGCAGUGCCCGUGGCUGACCGAGGAGGGCCCGGCCGCCUCCCAGGCCGCGCCCGUGACCUUCCCCACCGCGCGGCUGCGCGCCUUCGUGCGCGAGCGCGAGAAGAGGCGGGCGCUGCUGUACAAGAAGCACAACCUGGCCCAGGUUCUCUGAGCGCGUCCCCAGGAGGGGUGGGGGGCGCCCCGCUUUCGGACUCGCGGCACAGGCACGGACGCACCAAUAAAAAUGCAG